AUGGCACAACCCAUAAACCCAACGGAUGAACCCAGGAUGUACCAGCAGACAUUGCUCCAAGAUGGCCUGUACGACCUGCUGGAGAAUGACAAGCUGAUCGACUGUACGCUGAAGAUCAAAGACAAAGAGUUCCCCUGUCACCGGCUGGUUUUGUGCGCCUGCAGCUCCUACUUUCGCUCCAUCUUCCUCUCAGAUUUGGAUGAGAGUAAAAAAAGAGAAAUCGUCUUGGAGGAUGUGGAACCAGGAGUCAUGGGGCUGAUCCUCAAGUACCUGUACACCUCUAAAAUCAAUGUAACAGAGCAGAACGUCCAGGACAUCUUUGCUGUGGCUAAUGUGUACCAGAUCCCUUCAAUUUUCACUGUGUGUGUGUCUUUCCUACAAAAGCGUCUGAGCUUAAGCAACUGUCUUGCCAUCUUCAGACUGGGUUUGAUGCUGGACUGUCCCAGGUUGGCCAUUUCAGCAAGAAAUUACGCUUGUGAGCGCUUCCAGCUCAUCUCAAGAGACGAGGACUUCCUGCAGCUGCUCCCCAGCGAGCUGGCUGCAAUUUUAACAAAUGACAACCUGAAUGUAGAGACGGAGGAGUCUGUGUUUGAGGCAUUGAUGAACUGGGUGUCCCGGGAUGCUGAGAGCAGAGAGAAGGAGCUGCCAGGUUUGCUGGAUUGCGUCAGAUUGCGUCUGGUCACUGAGGAUUUCCUGAAGGAGAAAGUAGAGAGCAAUAAAUUCAUCUCUUCAAAUCAAGAAUUACAGCAGAAAGUGCAGCUGGUGAAAGACGCUCAUGCAGGGAAAUUUCCAGAGGUUCAAAAAAACAAAGACAAAACAGAAGAUGGAGCAGCAGAUGGAGAGAAUGAGGAAAAGGAGGAAGAGGAGGGUCUUCUCCCAGGCAUCCUGAAUGAUAACCUGAGGUUCGGCAUGUUUGCCAGGAACUUGAUUCUGAUGGUGAACGACGCAGGCGCUGUGGCCUACGAUCCAACAGGGAACGACUGCUUCAUGGCGUCGCUUUCCACACAGAUCCCCAAGAACCACGCCAGCCUGGUGACCAAGGAGAACCAGGUCUUUGUGAUUGGAGGAUUAUUCUAUGAUGAACAGAACAAAGAGGACCCACUGUCCUCGUAUUUCCUGCAGGUAAACAGGCCUUUAGAUAAAGUUUGACAAGGAAUCAGUGAUAAAAUUAUACGUAACUAUGCUAAUAGUUAUAUGACAGUACAAUACAGAAUGUCUACAGGAGACAGACACAAUAUAAACAUACAUUUUUAUAUUUGAUUACUUGGAAUUAAAACACUUAUCUUCUCUGUUAAACUAUGCUUAAUAUUUGCUUUAGAUGAGUUAAAACACAGUCAAAAUGAUGGGUAAUUUAUUGAAAGGCAAAUUUUAAAAUGAAUCCUUUAUGUUUAAAUGAUGCCAAAUACAUCAGAGUGUAUCUGCCAGUAAAAGUGCUGGGAUAAGAUGAAACAAAAACCCACAGGUAUCAUAGUGUAUGUUUCAUCAUGUCUACUUCAGGUGGUAAAAGCCUGAUUCAUUAACAAAUAUCGGACUUCUGUUUUACCUCAGUAUGACCCUGUCAAUGCUGAUUGGCUGGGGAUGCCUCCACUCCCGUCUCCCCGCUUCUUGUUUGGGCUGGGCGAGGCUGAGAACUCCAUCUUUGUGUUAGGCGGGAAGGAACUGAAGGACCAGGAGCGAACGCUGGACUCUGUUCUGGUCUAUGACAGACAGUGAGUACAUGUUAGUGUCAUAUCUGAUCAGUGGAUGAAGAAUUAAAGAAAUUAUAAUAAUGUAAUUUCUCUUUUACAGAUCUUUUAAAUGGGGUGAAUCAGACCCAGUUCCUUACCCAGUCUAUGGACAUCAAACAAUAUCCCACCAUGAUGUUGUUUAUGUGAUUGGAGGAAAAGGAGACAGCAAGUAAGUGAUAAAUGUGACUGAGAUAUUUCUUUAAAACACAUAUUUGACUUAAAAAGGAGUAUAAAGAGAUGAGUCUGGAACGGCAGAUCCCUGAUAUUUUCUGUCUUUCUUGUUAAAAGGAACUGUCUGAAUAAGAUGAGCGCAUACGAUGCUCUGAAGUUUGAAUGGAAGGAGCUUGCACCCAUGAAGAUCGCUCGUUCACUAUUUGGAGCCACCGUUCAUAAGGAUAAGAUAUACGUGGCAGCAGGAGUCAUAGACGGCGGCCUCACUGGCACUGUGGAGGUGUACGACAUUGCCACCAACAAGUGAGUCCCUGGAAAUCAACAAAUCAGACAUGUCCUUUCUAAACUGUGUAAAACAUUAAAAAUAAGCCUUUGUUUUUCUUAUUAUUUUUGUAAUCUCUAGACGGUUAGAUUGUUUGUAGAUCUAGAUUGUUAUCUCUCAGAGUAACUGUUAGUAUAUCAGAGGUUGAACUAAACCAACAGGGUCUGUGUAUGUUUGUGUGUUUAUUAUUACUCUCUUCAGGUGGUCAGACUUUGUAGAGUUUCCUCAGGAGCGUAGCUCUAUAAACCUGGUGUCUCUGGCCGGCUCGCUGUAUGCUGUGGGAGGAUUUGCAAUGAUGCCUUUAGAGGACAGUGACGAUGUUAUUCCCAAAGAGAUGAACGACAUCUGGAGGUGAGUCAAAACAAACAGCAUCAUUCUUAAUCCACUGUAUUGCUUGUGGGUUUUUGUUGUUUUGAUGAGGGCUAGUGUCUACAGAGUCAACCUUUCUUUCAUUUUAAUCUAAGUUUCAAUAUAAUGUGUUUCUCAAUUGACUUGCCUGACAAAAUUGUGUAUUCUGUAUCUAUUCUUGAUGUAGACAAAAAUAUAUAUCACGCAUCGAGUCAUGACUCACCAGUAAGUCUGUUACCCUCCUCAGAUUUGAUGAAACACAGAAGAAGUGGGUCGGGAUCCUCAGGGAGAUCCAGUACGCUUCAGGGGCCACCGUCCUGGGAGUCCGCCUCAACACUCUACGUCUCACCAAGAUGUAA